AUGGAAAAAAAAGGACCAGCACGGGGACACGGGGAUUCCGCGGCCGACGCGGCGUCCGAGUAUCGCGACCGGGCGCGGUUCUACGCGAUCCGCCAAGCGGACGGCGAACGGGCGUACGACUGGUACAAGCGGGUCCAGGCGGCCGCGGUCCGGUGCGGUUUCGGAGCGCACCGGCGCACGGCCGCGAUCGCGGACAAAUUCGUGACCGGACUGCGGCCGGGUCCGGUGGCCGACCGGCUGCUCGGUCACCGGGCGGACGGGCCGCUGCACGAGUUGUUGGCCGCGGCCGCCGAGACUGAGACGGGCCUGUUGGACGAGCAGCCGCGGAGACCCGGUCGGCCUCCGCCGGACGACCGAGACGUACUCGCCGAAAUACGAGAUGCACUGAAGCUGUACCGGUACAGCGACGGCGACGGCUCGUCACCGGUAAGACGGCGGUGAAAAAUUACGCGUUCGUACCGGGCGAUCCAUUUAAGCGGCCGUUGUCCCGGAAAGUAUUAACAUUUUCGGGAAUUUGUUUUCUAGAACAUUUAAGAAACGAGCUGCUCUGCAAUUUUAUACCCACGUUAUUUUUCGUCACCCUCAAUUUCGUGCGCAAGUCCACUGCCUAUUUUUGAUUAUCGAAAAGUCCACAAAUAGAUGGAGUGUUAGUUAAAAUAGAUUUUAGAUUUCCGUCAAUCCGUUGACGAGAUAUUUCACUUUUAAGUUUUUGGUUGGGGGACAGUAGUGGAGUGUCGUUCGUGUGGCCGGUACGGCGCGCAGCGUGUUAAUAAGGCACCACUACUCUGCUCCAAUCCAAACUUAAAAUUGGAACAACAUUAUGUCGUUGGGUAAGUGUACACGUACACGCAAUGCACGGGUGGAAGCGGCAAGGUUAGGGGUUAAAUUCCCCCUCCCACCCCAUUGGCUUGAAAAUAGAAAAAAAUAUAAGCGAUUUAAUAUCGAAAUGCGAACAUUACAGACAAGUCACGAAGGAAAGCUCGAUUAGAAAUUAUUUAUCUCCCCCCCCCCGGGAUCCGGCUUUUAAAUUCCCAUUUCCCAUUGUCGAGCCGGUUUUUCCGAAGACGAGCUUUUGCCAUUCUUGCGUGCUACGUCCCCCACACAUUGAAAAUUCCCGGACGCGCCAUUGCGGUUGCGCAUUACACACGCUGCACAGUUGUUUCAGAGUAACGACGCGAAACCGACCGCGGUCGGCGAAAACGUCUGGUGGAAAAACCGAAUCGGAAAGCGGGAAACCGAACGGCCGGCGGCCGGCGGAAACGAUACCAGCUAUCGGCCGUUGACUUGCCGGAGCUGUUGCCGCCUGGCGACGAGGCUGUUGGACAGCCUAGACGAGAAGUCUGGGUCACGUCCGUCGCUACCGCCGUCCGACGAUGACGACGAUCAUCACGACAACUAUUCCGAAUGCUAUUGUUCGCGGUUGUAGUGGCGACGGACGCGCAAAAACGUAACGAAAAUCCGAAAUGACAACGUAGCAGAACGGGCGUCGGGAACUCGAGCGAUCCACUCAAUGUCGCAACAUAUCCGGCAGUCAUUUUGUACCGUGUAAAGAUUACUAUGAAAAAAAAAAAAAAAAAAUUAUUACUAUUCAUUUUAAUUGUAAAUGAUAAUAAUUAUUAUUCCGUUACCUCGGUCCAGAACAUUAGAAAUUACACAUUUUUAAUUUUUCCAAAACUAUAUUAAUAUAGAAUUAAACAAAUUGUUUUUUUUCUAAGUAAAGUCAACCCU